CACAUUACAAGAUUGAAAUUUAUGGUUAAUUGCCUAAUUUUGAUUUUACAAACUUCAAAUUAAUACUCCCAUAUUCUCCUAUCUCACAAAAACAUUCUCAAUUUGUCAUUUUAGUAUAACUCCAUUUCGAAAAGUAAUGGUCAAUUUUGUUGUAUUAGACUACAUUUUGAUAUAAAGGCCAUCAUCAUCAUUAGCAUAUUUCCGAAAUAAGCUUUUCCUUUCUUCCCAAGAUCUCUCGCAUGGCGGAAUCGUCGUAGGAUUCUUGAGAUUCCGAAACUGCAAAAAAUGGGAUCCGAAGCUGAAAAGCUCCCACCUCAUGUCCUCAUCUUCCCCUACCCGAUUCAAGGCCAUCUCAGCCCCAUGCUCAAUCUGGCCCAUCUCUUCUGCUUAGCCGAAUUCCACGUCACCUUCGUCGUCUCCGACUUCAGCCACCGCCGCCUCCUCCGGCACACCGCCGUCGCCGCCACCUUCGCCCGCUACCCGGGAUUCCAGUUCCGUUCGAUCUCAGACGGCCUCCCCGACGAUCAUCCCCGCGCCGGCGAGAAGGUCUUGGAGGUGCUUCCCUCCGUCACCAACGUCAUGGUGCCGCUCUUCGAGAAGAUGAUGGCCGACGAGGAUUUCUUGGCCUCCGCCGGCCGUAGGCGGGUCACGUGCUUCGUCGCCGAUGGGCUGCUGAGCUCCGCCGUCGACUUUGCUGAGGUUAAUCGGAUUCCGUUGGUGUAUUUCCGAACUUCGACUCUUACCAAUUUGUGGGCUUUUUUCCACCUCAAUGAACUCAUUGAAGCCGGAGAAGUUCCUGUUAAAGGAGAUAUGGAUGCGUUAGUUAAAAGCGUGCCGGGAAUGGAGGGUUUCCUCCGCCGUCGCGACCUGCCAAGCUUCUUCCGCGGCGGUGACGAUGCUAUUCUUCAGACGUUGGCCGCCGUGUCGAGGAAGAUUGUGCGAGCGCAAGCCACCAUAUUCAACACUUUCGAAGAUGUCGAAGGCCAUAUAGCAUCGCAGUUGCGCAAACACAUGUCGAGAAUCUACACCAUCGGGCCGAUCCACGAGCACCUCAAAUCUAAGCUCGUCGAGAAGGAGGCCGAGGCCGCGACUCUCUCCGGCAACUUCUGGGCGGAAGACCGGAGCUGCAUGGAUUGGCUGGACGCGCAGCCGAGGAGAUCGGUGAUCUACGUGAGCUUCGGGAGCAUCACCGUCGUGACGAGAGAGCAAUUGAUGGAGUUCUGGCAUGGUUUGGUGAAUAGUUCGCAGAGAUUCUUGUGGGUGAUGCGGCCGGAUUCCAUCAUCGGAAAAAAUGGCAGCGAUCAAAUUCCGGCAGAACUGGCGGAGGGAACAAAAGAGAAGGGUUACUUGGUGAAGUGGGCGCCGCAGGAGGAGGUGCUCAACCACCCUGCGGUGGGCGGGUUUUUGACGCACAGUGGAUGGAACUCGACUCUGGAGAGCAUCGUUGCCGGCGUGCCGAUGAUAUGCUGGCCUUAUUUUGGUGAUCAGACGAUUAAUAGUAGGUUUGUGAGCGAAGUUUGGAAGAUGGGUUUGGAUAUUAAAGAUACAUGUGAUAGAUUGAUUAUUGAGAAGGCGGUGAGGGAACUUAUGGAAGUGAGGAAGGAGGAGUUUUUGGAAAGGGCACAAGAUUGGGCAAAACUUGCAAGAAAGGCAGUAAAUAAAGGAGGUUCAUCAUCAUGCAAUUUGGAUAAUUUAGUUGAUUACAUUACCUCAUUGGUAAUUUAAUUGAAUGAAAUAAAGUUGAAAUAGUUAUUGGCUUUUAUAAGCCAUACUUGGAAUUUUUGGGCGAUUUUAAAUUUUUGGGCCUUAGUGUUUUAAAUUCUGAAUUAGUUUCUUGCACAAUUUGGAUGUUUACACGAAAAUUGCACUUAAAUAUACAAAUUUUUACCAAA